GUUGUUAUUUGUUUUAUUUGUUUUAAUUUUUUUUAUGAACGUUAAGCAGAAAAAGCAAGCAGGCUUUUCCUGCUAUUGCUGACGACAUGUGUGUGACAUGUGAGUCCCGAGUCACCCACUGCCUGCCCAGGAGCUGUAAACAUGUUUACCUGAACAGGAAAGACGGGACUUUGCGCUUUCAAAUGCCCUUCGUAUAAAUAAACACGCAGUUCUAAUUUCGGGAAAAUUAAAACAUCAAACUGUGAAAAGGAAUCGUUUCGUGAAAACUGACUUGUCUUUGAAAACAGAAGGGAAACAGAUUCUUUAACGCUGCAGCAAAUGGCAACUUGUGCAGUUACCAGCUAUAACAACGUGGUGGAAGCGAACUCCGAUUCAGAUGAUGAAGACAAGCUACAUAUCGUGGAGGAGGAGAGCGUGACAGACGCUGCAGACUGUGAGAACAAUGUGCCAGACGAUGACUUGCCGAGCAACCAUGCAGUAUUACCAGAGAACGGGCAAGGAGAGGAGGAGGAGGAGGAAGCUUGGGAGGAAGAAACAAAAGGAGAAGACACCUUGGGGCCUGAAGCUCAGCCAGGGGACGUUGGAUUUAAAGUAGACGAUGCAUGUGGCUCUGAAGCUGAAGAUGAACAAAACAAUGACCGGAUCGUAGAGGAAAUGCUGCAGCAGGGAGACACUGCUGUCAUCUACCCAGAGGCACCUGAGGAGGAACAGAGGCAGGGGACACCCGAAGCCAGCUGCCACGACGAGAACGGGACGCCAGAUGCAUUUUCACAGCUGCUCACAUGUCCGUACUGUGACAGAGGAUACAAGCGAUACACCUCUCUGAAAGAACACAUCAAGUACCGGCACGAGAAGAAUGAAGACAACUUCAGCUGCUCCCUCUGCAGUUACACGUUUGCCUACAGAACACAACUUGAACGUCACAUGACGGCACACAAAUCUGGGCGGGAUCAGCGUCAUGUAGUACAGUCUGGGGGCAAUCGGAAAUUUAAGUGCACUGAAUGUGGAAAGGCAUUUAAAUACAAGCACCACCUAAAGGAGCACUUGCGUAUCCACAGUGGGGAGAAGCCCUACGAAUGCCCGAACUGCAAGAAGCGUUUUUCCCACUCCGGCUCGUACAGCUCCCACAUUAGUAGUAAGAAAUGCAUCGGUGUGAUGCCUGUGAACGGACGGUCCCGGCUGGCGGGCAAGACAUCUCAGUGCCCUUCUCCGUCCCUCUCUUCAUCGCCCAGCACCCCUGCCAGAACACAGCUCCGGGAGAAAGGUGACAACAGCAAGCCUUUACAAGAACAGCUUCCCGCCAACCAAAUCAAAGUCGAACCUGUGGAUUACGAGUACAAACCAAUAGUGGUGACCUCCGGAAUCAGCUGUGCCACGCCUUUGCAAAACGGGGCUUUCAACGGUGGCAGUCCGCUGCAGACCACGGCUUCACCCCAGGGUGUGGUGCAAGCUGUGGUCCUGCCAGCUGUUGGGCUGGUCUCCCCUAUCAGCAUCAACCUAAGCGACAUCCAGAAUGUUCUCAAAGUAGCUGUAGAUGGGAACAUUAUUCGUCAAGUCCUAGAGAGCGCCCACGCCAAUGCAGCCAAAGAACAAGGUGGAGUCCAGCCAGGGGGCCAUUCCCUCAUCUCAGCAUUCAGUCUUCCUUUGGUUGAUCAAGAUGGAACAACCAAAAUCAUCAUCAACUACAGUUUGGAGCAGCAGCCCAGCCAAGUCCAGAUUCUGCCACAGAGCUUGAAGAAGGAGAACCCCAGCCCCGUCGAAAUCUGUAAAACUGAGAAGUUACCCGAAGACCUCACUGUUAAGCCUGGGAAAAGCAAAAUUCCCAAGACUGAAAACAGCAGCAGCACGUGUCUACUGUGCGAUGACUGUCCUGGCGGUUUGGAUGCACUUCAAGAGAUUAAGCACUGUAAUUUAAAAGGCGAAGGUGGUAUUCUGACUUCUCAGGUUAAUGGAGAGAAUGCCGAGAAAACAGAUUCCACUGUUUCAUCCCCCACCGCUGAGGGAAGUCUAUCCCUCGGCCAGCCCCCCUUAAAGAACCUCUUGUCACUCCUAAAGGCAUACUAUGCCUUGAAUGCACAGCCUACCACAGAGGAGCUCUCGAAGAUUUCCGAUUCAGUAAGCUUACCACUAGACGUGGUAAAGAAGUGGUUUGAAAAGAUGCAGACUGGGCAGAUCCCUGUGGGAGCUGCCAGUCCUUCUGAACACGAGGCCAUUUCUUCUGAAAGUGAUGAAACUCAGAAUAGUUUAGAUCCCGCAGGAGAUGUACCGGACAGCACGACAACUGCAGAGAGUCCACUUCAAUUGACUAAAACCCAAGUUAUUUUAAUAACCCCUUCAAGCGUGAAAACAAAUAGCUCCAGAACUAACACACCUUCCCCAUCACCACUAAAUCUCUCUUCAACCGGGACUGUGCUCGUGAAGACAGAAGAGGACACUGAGGAAGGGGCACAGGUGGAACCCCUCGACCUAUCACUACCAAAGCAAACCAGAGAGGAAAUGGAACAGGCCACCAGUACCAGUGUUUAUCAAAACAGUGUUUACUCCGUUCAAGAAGAACCCUUGAACUUAACUUGCACAAAGAAGGAGCAGCCGCAAAGUGACAGUAUUAAUACAAGCCCAAAUCCUGUUUAUGUUUGCCCACCAAGUGCCAAUCCCAUUAACAUUGCUAUACCCACAGUUACCACUCAGCUACCUGCGAUUGUGGCCAUUACCGACCAGGGCAGUGUCCCGUGUCUGAGAGCUCUGGGUACCAACCAACAGACUAUACUAAUUCCACAGGUUACUUACGCAUAUUCCACUUUAGACACCAGUCCUGCAGUACCAGAAGCCCAGCAGAAAAUAGUGCAAGCGAAUGGAAGCCAGGAGGAGAGGCAAGAGACGAGCUCCGAGGGCGUCUCGACCGUCGAAGAUCAGAAUGACUCAGACUCUACUCCUCCCAGGAAGAAGAUGAGAAAAACAGAACAUGGCAUGUACGCCUGUGACCUGUGUGAUAAAAUAUUCCAGAAGAGUAGCUCCCUUUUGAGACACAAGUAUGAGCACACAGGUAAAAGGCCUCAUGAGUGUGGAAUCUGCAACAAGGCUUUCAAACACAAGCACCACUUGAUAGAACACAUGCGACUGCACUCAGGGGAGAAACCGUACCAGUGUGACAAGUGUGGCAAGCGUUUCUCUCACUCAGGCUCCUACUCGCAGCAUAUGAACCACCGCUACUCUUACUGCAAGAGAGAGGCCGAGGAGCGCGAGGGCCCAGAGCUCAACGAGGAAGAGGAGGAGGGGGAGGGGCCCGGAGCCGUGGGGGAGAUCCUCCCCGGAGAGCAGCUGUCAGGCAGUCGGGCUGCCUCCCCUCCCUCCCUGCUGGACUCAGACGACAGAGAAAGCAGCACACGUGGGGAGGAGGAAGAGGAGGAGGAGACGGAGGAAGAGGAGGAGGAGGAGACAGAGACGAAGGAGGAGACGGAGACAAAGGAGGAGACAGAAACGAAGGAGGAAGGCGAAGAUAUGCAAGUAGGAGAAAAGGAACACAAGGAUUCAGAGGAGGAUCAGGAAGAGAACGGGGAAGAAAUGGAGACAGAAGAGGGGGCAGGUGAAAAGGAAAUGGGCACAGACGAAAAUCCAAGUGAGAUUCCGUGGGUUAAUAGGGAGGAUUCAGAAGAGGAAAAAACGCCAGAAAAAAUUGACGGUGACAACGAUAAAAUAUGAAAUGUAAUGGAUUAUUUUUCUAAAACAGAAGAAAAUAAUUACAAAAAAAACUGAGCGUUUUACUCUACAAUAUAAAUGUUGAAAACACGGUAGCUUGGAUGCUGUGUUUCAGUUCACUACUGUGUAUAAAUCCAGGUGUGCCUGAAUCUCGAAAACUUGUAACUUUUCCACAGGAGCAUUUUCAGUAUUAGAAAUUAAGUUUGUAAAAAUACAGGAAGUUUAACAAAAAAAAAAAAAAAAAAACAAGUUGCAUAUACUGACUUUGAAAGCUAGAAUUAACAGGUUUUAGAUGGUGUUUUAUUACUAAGACAUCCUGGAUCAUUUCUUUUAUCAGUGUUAUUAAUUUCUUCACUCGUGUUAUAACCUUUUAAGCUGUACAGUUGGGAGAGAUUUCUAUACCUUUUUAUUGCCAACGAAGUUUGCUAAAUCAGUAUUUUAUUAAGUUAGAAAGGAAAAGAACCUGUGCACUACAGAACCCCUGGUUUACCUAAGCAAGCAACGUGCUUCAGUGUUGUCUACCCUUCAGUAUUAUUGCGUGUGGGCGUAGUUUAGAAUAGCAUUUGUUUAAGUGGAUUGAUAGCCUUAGAAAAGCCAGCCCUAAAAAAGUUAAAGAUGUCAGGGACAAAAAAUAAAUCAAUGUGGCGAUUGAUAUUGUAAGGAGAAAUUCCAUGCAGGGAACAGACUAUCAAACCCAGUGUUUUGUUUUUUUUUUGUUUGUUUUUUUCAAGUCAGUGUUCAAAGUUCAGAUGAAGUAAGGUGAGGUCUAUUGUUGAAUCCCCCAGCCUUAUUGCAGGACCUCUGUGCUGUAAGUGCCAUUGAACAGUGUUAUUUUCAGUAAGUGGCCAUCACCAGUUUUAAUGCAGGACCCAUAUUCACUCAAAUGUGUUUGAGUGAUAGUCGGUUUGACCAUUGUCUCAAGCCUUGUCAGAUGUUUUAAAUACACCCAGCAAAGUGAAGUGAGGUCAGUUGUGUUUCUUAUGUAUAAAUGCUGCAUGAAUUCUGGUUUGGCUAAUGCCUGGAAACUAAAAAAAGAAGUCUGUAUUACUAAGUUAAAAAGUGUUGUAUAAAGUUCCUGCCAUAUUAGGUCUGUCCAUUUUGGAUAAGUAAUGCACUUGCUUCAAGCUUAUGACAAGCUAGCCUGUACUUCAGAUAACAAAUGUUGGUAAAUGUGGUCCCAAAAUAUUAAGUGUUAGCUGGGUUUACCUGUCAGUAUUACUUUUAAUUCUGUUGUUUUAUCUUUUAGGGUUUCUUUUUUAUUUGUUAUGUUCAUGCAAAAAAAAAAAUGUGUACUGUAUGUUUUAAAGAAUGGCAGUAUUAAUACCAUACUCACUGAUACAUGUAACAGUUUAGUUUUAGAAAACUUUUAUAUUUAUGUGUCUUAUUUUUAUAUUUCUUUAUGGUUAUUUAUUACACAAUGUAGUGUAUAAUACUGUAGUUUGUAUUAAUACAAUAAUAUAUUUUAGUAUGAAAAAUAGUUUGGAAGGUUGAUAAGAUUUCAAAGCUCGAAGUGAAGCUGUUUGUUGUGGAGGUGUCUUUGAAAAGUAUUACGUUAACAUUUCAGCUUGUCUGGCAAGAUAAACCCCAAGAACAAAAACAAAUGGAAGUUGUUUAUCUUUGCAUUCAUAAUCAAGUUAGUUUUAACGUUCCCCAUUUUAUUAUGAAGCUACUGAAUCUGAAAACUAACUGUGUGACUAAUAGCAUGAGAUUUUGCUGUUUUAUUGAAGGAUUACCCUAACCAAUAAGCUGUAUAAUGUCCUUUUACAAAGCCAAAAGUAUAUUCAUAACAUACUUUUUAUGUUUUAUGUGUGCCAAUUUGUUUCUUUGUAUGUCUAAUGCAAGGCUACACCUUUUAUAAGUUCCCUGUUAAUUCAUGGUCAUUUUUUUAUAGUUUU